AUGAGUUGGAACUACGUCAAGAAUAUCACCAAGAAACCUCGUGUUCUCUUCCCCAAAGGUGUGAUUGGCAAUAAUCAGCAAUUGGCUGAUUUUACCAACCACACUGAAGAGAGGAAGGGAGGUGUAACCACUGGCAGAGCUUGGAGAGCAAACGAACUCAGACUUAAGAGCAACUAUGACCUUCACAAGCUAUGGUACGUGCUGUUGAAAGAGAAGAACAGACUUCAUGGCGAUAGAUUACUCGCAUUACAGCUCAACCAACAGUUCGAGGUACACAAUAAUCUUAAGAAAAUCCGUUUGAGCAUGAAAAGGCUCCAAACAGUUGUUUCUGAAAGGAGAGAGCUCCGUGAUAAGUACAGAAAGUACCUCGAAGAACAGUACAUUCAGCAGAGAAAGAAUGAAGAACUUGAGGAAAAGCUCCAGGCGAGAGGAUUCGAUACCUCUAAAAUGGGUGAAAUAGUCUAUGACAAACACUAUGGUGCUAAAAAGCAUGCUGCUAAUUUCAGAGCAAAAAUGGCGGAAAUCGAAAAGGACUACCAAGAAAAGGUACAAAAACAGGAGGACUCAGACAAGCAGACUGUUCUAGACAAGGAUGAUAUGAAGUUGCUGACUAUUAAUGAGCAUAAUCUCUCUGAAAUGGAGACUAUCAAAAUGCACGUCAAAAACUUCUAUCACAUAGAAGACAAAGCUAAGAGGCAAAUUUAUGGCAAGAUUCAAAGCACAAAGGCAACGCAUGCCAGAGAAAUAUUCCUCAAGGAACUCAACCUUGUGGGAUGGCAGUUUAAAAAUAAGACCGCUAAUCCAGAUCCAAUGAAGGCAUCUCUAGAGGAGCUAAGUUAGUUUCAAUCGCUAGCAAC